GGCAUUGCGGCGGAGCGCGGGAGCGGUGGCGGGAUCCAGCUGCGGGGAUGGGAAUCCACGGCCUGGCCAAGCUUAUUGCCGACGUGGCUCCCGGUGCCAUCCGGGAGAAUGACAUCAAAUCUUACUUCGGACGGAAGGUCGCUAUAGAUGCAUCCAUGAGCAUCUACCAGUUCCUGAUCGCCGUGCGGCAGGGAGCUGAAGUCCUUCAGAAUGAGGAGGGCGAGACCACAAGCCACCUGAUGGGCAUGUUCUACCGGACCAUCCGCAUGGUGGAGAACGGCAUCAAGCCGGUUUACGUCUUUGACGGCAAGCCCCCGCAGCUGAAAUCGGGGGAGCUGGCAAAGCGGACUGAGCGGCGGGCUGAGGCCGAGAAACACCUGCAGGAGGCUCAGGAGGCUGGAGAGGAGAACAACAUUGAGAAGUACAGCAAGAGGUUGGUCAAGGUGACCCAGCAGCACACUGAUGAGUGCAAGAAGUUACUAACGCUGAUGGGCAUCCCCUACGUGGAGGCGCCGGGGGAGGCCGAAGCCAGCUGCGCUACCUUGGUGAAGGCUGGGAAGGUCUACGCAGCCGCCACGGAAGAUAUGGAUUGCCUGACCUUCGGCAGUCCCGUACUGAUGCGGCAUCUUACUGCCAGCGAGACGAAGAAGCUGCCCAUCCAGGAGUUCCACCUGAAUCGCAUUCUGCAGGAUCUAGACCUGACCUGGGAACAGUUUGUGGAUCUGUGUAUCCUCCUGGGCUGCGACUACUGCGAGAGCAUCCGCGGCAUUGGGCCCAAGCGUGCCAUCGAGCUCAUCAAGGAGCACAAAACCAUCGAGAAGAUCGUUCAGCAGAUAGACACCAAGAAGUACCCUCUGCCUGAGAACUGGUUGCACAAAGAGGCCCAGAAGCUCUUUCUAGAGCCUGAUGUGGUCAACCCUGACGCUGUUGAGCUCAAGUGGACCGAGCCGAAUGAAGAACAGCUCGUCCAAUUCAUGUGCGGAGAGAAACAGUUCAACGAAGAGCGGAUCCGCAACGGGGUGAAAAGGCUGAGCAAAAGCCGUCAGGGCAGCACGCAGGGCCGGCUGGACGACUUCUUCAAGGUGACGGGCUCCAUCACGUCAGCCAAGCGCAAAGAGCCGGAGACCAAGGGGUCAGUGAAGAAGAAAGCCAAGACCAACAAUGCCACAAAGACCAAAAAAGGAAAAUAGCCAGGCUGGCUGGCCACAAACCCCUGGGAUUGGUUUUUUUUUUAAUGCUCAACCAGGAAUUUUAGGCUAAUAACAAACGGUCGUCUUUCUGUCCUGCGUGUUAGUGCUAGGAAGGAUGCUGCUAAAGUGCUUCCCAACAAAGGCUAGGUUAGUGAAUCAGAUAAACGUCUUCCUGCGCAGCAGUAGUAACGUGUGAGGAGAGCAGAGAGCUGGAAGCAGCGAGGGGGAGCUGGGGCCUGAGGACCCGGGGAGCUGCAUUCAGCAGUUUAGCGGCAGAGUUCAUUCGUUCAAGACAUUUGCAGAGGAGGCCACAGGGAUUGGAGGUGAUACCCAGGCUGUGGAGAUAAAGGGAGGUGCUGAUCACAAACACUUUUUAUUUUAAGAAAUAAAAAGUUGAACAGCUAGACAGUGAACUGGGUACAAAUGACAAAAAGAUUUCUGUCUGACAAUCCAUCCAAAAAGAGGUAGGUGCAAGCAGCAGAGGCUGAAGGAGAAACCAGGAGGAUGUGAAUGGAAGGCAAGCUGGAAUUGGGAAGGGGACUUGAAAUAACGAGGGAAACUUCUCCCUGUAAUGAGGAUUGGGUAUAGGUUCUUCCUUCCCUUACUGCAGUCGCUUUUCUUUGGUUGUAAUCCCAAUUCCAGCAAAGCUCUGCCCCGCUCUUAGUCCAUAAACCGAGGAUGAGCUGAGACUGCAGCUCUCCAAGCCUGAGUUUUGCUCCUAGGUUCUGUUUUAUGUUUAAAAAAGGAAAAAAAAAAAAGUCAAUAAACCUAGAAUGGAAGCCUGUUCACUCCCUGAUUUCACGAGGUAUCCUUCCACGUUGUACACACAGAGACAGGUCCCAGGCUAAGAAGAAAAAUGGUAGUGCCUCAGUUUUUUUCCCUUAUUUUAUUUUAUUCUGUAUUUUGCAUAGUCUUGUCAAAGCAAUGUGCUGAGUUUUGUUUUCGGAAUAAAAUUUCUACGCAAA